AUGAGAAAUCAAGAAGCAUCAAUCAGAAAUCUUGAAACUCAGAUCGGGCAAUUAUCCAAGCAAAUUUCUGAGAGGGCUCAAGGUACUUUUCCAGGUGACACCAUUCCAAAUCCAAGAAGGGAACACUGCAAUGCGAUUACUACUAUGAGCGAGAAAGCCAUUGAACCUGUGGUAAGGCCUUCAGUUGAGAAAAAGAAAGAUGAUGAACUUGCGACUGAAAAGGAAAAAGAAAAGAAAGUUGCCAAAGAAUCUGCUGCAGAGAAAACUAGGUUCAGAGAGGAAAUCAAAAAGCAGCAGUAUUCCAAGUUCCUUGACAUUUUCACGAAGCUGCAAAUCAAUAUCCCGUUUACUGAAGCCUUGGAGAACAUGCCCAAUUACGCAAAGUUCAUGAAAGAUCUUCUAUCACGAAAGCGUAAGCUACAAGAAUGUGAGACGGUGACUCUGACAGAGGAAUACAGUGCCAUUAUCCAAAAAAAGUUGCCUCCAAAGCUUAAAGAUCCAGGAAGAUUCAGCAUUCCAUGUAACAUAGGCAAUAUGGAAGUGAAAAAUGUUCUAUGUGAUCUCGGUGCCAGCAUCAACGUGAUACCACUAUUUAUGAUGAAGAAACUGGGGAUCCCUGAAGUAAGGCCAACCAAGAUAAUAGUUCAACUGGUUGACCGCUCUACAAAACAAGCUUAUGGAAUCAUUGAGGACAUACUGGUAAAGGUUGACAAAUUCAUCAUUCUUGUUGAUUUUGUCAUCCUUGAUAUAGAGGGAAAUUCUACUAUUCCUAUGAUCUUCGGAAGACCUUUCUUGGCAACCUCAGGAGCGCUGAUUGAUGUACCGAAGGACGAGUUGAUCUUACGGGUAGACGGGGAGCAAGCAAUUUUCAAAUUCUUUGACAAAAAAAUCCCCUCACCUAUAACUCAUUCGGAAAAUCAAGUCUACUAUAUUACUGAAAAGAAAGGAGAAGAAGAGCACAAAGAGAAUUCUCCUCAAGAAGGUAAUCCAAAGGUUAAAAUGGAAAAGCUCAGGAGCAAAGGAAAGCAUGUAAAUCCAAAUUCAAAGUUAUUGAGCCUACUAUACUCGAAUGUUGAUAUGAUUGCAGACACUACACAUGAUGUUGCUGAUAUAUAUUAUGCUGAUGAUGAUGUUGUUGCUGCAGAUGCCACAACUGGUAAUGAUCAGGAUGCAGCAGAGGAGAAUGAUACACCCACCACUGAUAUGAAGGAGGAUUGA